AUGCUCAGCAGCAAAGCAGCCGUCAUCCGUGGUAGAUCUAAGAUUCCUGGAGUGAUGAUCACGCAGUAUGUGGUAGACAUGCCUGAGGGAAAAAGCACCCCAGAUUUCCAGUGUAAACCAGUUCCAGUAACCAUCCAGGAAGGGAAAUUAGCUGUUUUUAAAGCUGUGGUGAAGGGCGAUCCAAAACCACAGGUGUCAUGGAGAAGAACUAAAGGACCUACUUCAGACAAGGACAAAUUUCAGAGUAAAUAUGAUGAAUCAACUGGAGAGCACAUAUUAGAGAUUCGCAAAGUCUCUGCUGCUGAAGCCGAUACAUACAAAUGCUAUGCAGUCAACGAGUAUGGUAAAGCUGUCUGCACGGCAACUUUAAGUGUGAUUGAGGGUAAGACUUCAACGAAUCCAUCAGAUUUCAGAAAAUUGCUGAGGAAAAGGUAAAAAAAAAAAAAAAAAGAAAAAAAAAGACAUCAAGAUUCAGAUGGGGAAACAGAUGAAAUAUUCUGGGAUGCGAUGCUGAACGCUGACAGGAAAGACUAUGAGCGCAUCUGUGCUGAGUUUGGUGUGGAUGGUGUGAUUCCCUAUGAUGAAGACGCAUCAGAGAAACACAGUCUUAAGAGUGUUGGGAGGACGAAGGAUCUCAGUAUUAAAGGCCUGAUGCAAAAGGACACAAGGCUGAAUCAGGUGGAUGUCGAACAGGUCAACCUCCUCAACACAGAGCUGAAAGUUUCGAAUGUGGACUUUGUGAUCAAAAUUCAGGAGAUUAAAGUAGAAGAAAGAGAAGAUGCCCUCUUUGAGUGUGUCCUGACACACCCACUACCCAGGAUCACGUGGAUGGGCAAGGGCAGCAUUCUGGAGGAUGGAGAAAAAUAUAGCAUAACCAUGUCAGACCAUAAACAUAUCCACAGGCUGGUGAUCAAGGACUGCAACCAGCUGGACAAAGGCAUCUAUUCAGCUGUGGCUGGCAUUACGUCCUGCAGUGCCUGGCUGGUUGUGGAAGCUGAGGCUGACCCCACAUCUGCUGGCAAGAAGAAACCUCGUAAAACUACUUUGGCUGGUGGAGCAUGGACCGACCUUGAGAAAGUGGCCAAAGAGCAACAAAUAAAAAACCAAGAGGAAAUGGAGAAGAUUUUAGCAGCGGAAAAAUCAAAGCAUAAAAGGCAAGGCCCACUGAUAGAAGAUUUGGUGAUUGUAAACAAACAAAUUCACUGUUUGUUAGAUCCAGGGGUCCACUUCAUCUAUGGAGUGUCUGAUGUCAAUGCUAUCAUCGGUGAGACUGCUGAAUUAACAUGUAAGCUCAGCAGUGAAGACUGUGAAGGAGCCUGGUUCAGAGACGGCAAAAAGAUAUCCCCAGAUGACAAUUUCACCAUCACUAAAGAGGGUGCUAUCCAUAAAUUAGUCAUAAUCAGGUGCACGGAAGAGAUCUCUGGGAAAUAUCGUUUUGAAGCAGAUGGUCGUAAAACAGAGGCGAUUAUCAACGUCAAAGAUCCCCCAAGGUUUGACCCUGAAGACCUCAAUGCUUUCACUGAGCGUGUUCCAGUUAAAGCGGGGCACAAUGCCAUCUUCAAACUGCAAUUUGUUGGCCAUGAACCCAUAAAGAUUCAGUGGUACAGAGAGGGAGAAGAGCUCCAAGAUGACAGCAAUACAAAGAUAGAGAAAUCUGCAAGCCACAGCCGCUUGCUCCUUAGCAAGUGCCAGAGGAAGGACACCGGAGAGAUCAAGAUCAAGAUCAAGAACGAACACGGCUUCAUUGAGGGGAUUUCACAGCUAACGGUGCUCGCCUUUCCUGGCCCGCCAGCACCCCCACAGGUGGUCAGUGCCUAUGACGACUGCAUUAACCUUUCCUGGGCUUCACCCAGUAACACAGGAGGUUCGCGCAUCCUGGGCUAUAUUUUGGAAAGACGCAAAAAGGGGAGUAAUCUCUGGACUGUUGUCAACGCCAUGGAUGAGCUAAUAAAAGAGAAGAAAUAUGCAGUGAAGGAUGUUGUGGCAGGUAUGGAAUACGAAUUCAGAGUUACUGCCAUAAACCUUUCCGGGGCUGGUGAAUUUAGCAACCCUUCAGAGUUUGUUUUUGCACGGGAUCCCAAGAAGCCUCCUGGCAAAGUUACAGGCCUGAAGGUGACGGAAACGUCUUACACCCACUUGGUCCUGACGUGGACCAAACCUGAGGAGAAACCGGAGAUACAGGAUGAAGCAAAAGGAUAUUUUGUUGAAAUUCGGCAGGCGGAUUGCAUUGAAUGGUCCCGCUGUAACAGCGCUCCCGUCAUCACGACUUCCUUCAGCGUGAAAGGCCUUAAGUUCAUGGACAUGUACUGGGUGAGAGUGAUUGCGACCAACGACGGAGGAGAGAGUGCACCUGAGGAGCUGGCUAACUAUGUCCUUGCUAUGCCCUCACCUGUGAGGCCAAAGUUCACAAACCACAAGAUGAAGAGUUUCAUGGUGGUGUGUGCGGGAAACUCUGUCAGGAUCAGAGUAAACUUUGAGGCCUCCCCACGGCCACAUAUUAUGUGGCUGAAGGACAAUGUGCCAGUGACAAAGCGAGCUACAAUAAGUAAUUCUGAUGGCUCAUCCCAGUUGCUUAUCCCCUCCUCUGAGCGCUCUGAUUCCGGCAUCUACUCUAUUUUGGUGAAAAAUCUUGCGGGACAGGAGACAUUCAGUACAGAGAUCAGGGUCACAGAUGAUCCAAAGCCCCCUGGGCUGAUAGAACUGGAGGAAAACGUGCCCGGCACAGUGACGGUGAUCUGGGAGCCUUCUCCUGAUGAGAAACGGGAUGACCGCCUCCACUACACAGUGUCCAAACUUGACUCUACUAAACGCACAUGGACCACAGUGGCUGACAGACUCUUCAAUAACAAGUUCACAGUCUGCAACAUCAUGCAGGGGAGGGAAUAUCAUUUCCGGGUCUAUGCCAAAAAUGACAUGGGCAUAUCCGCACCCUCGGAGUCACCGACAUGGGGGAUGGAGAAGAAGAAAGAAAAGUUUGUGGUAAAUGCACCAAUCAGAAAGGACUGUGAUUUGCGAUGUGCUCCGACUUUCAUUGUGCCGUUGAAGCUUCACACUGCACCCAAAGGCUAUGAAUGCUAUAUGAGCUGUGCAGUGAAGGGAAAUCCCAAGCCUCGCGUCACGUGGUAUCGAAAUCACAUCAGUCUAAACACCAAUGCCAACUAUCACAUCUCCAACACCUGCGGAGUUUGCUCCAUGUUAAUCCUCCGCGUGGGCCCCAAGGACAUGGGAGACUAUACAGUCACCGCAGAGAAUGCCCUGGGACGGGCUGAAUGCUCCACGGUCCUCAGCGUCAGAGAGUGAAGAAACUAAGGACGCCACAAUAUGAGCAGUAUUCAUUUUAAAGUUUAGACUUCUCAUAAGGGAUAUUUGAAUUGAAGCGGUUGUGCUGCUUGGAUGUACGUAAUUCACCAACUGCAAUAAGAAUCGAAAUGAGAUA